GUGCUCGAACUGGCAGUCGCAGUCGCAGUGGCAAACGCAAAACGCUGAAGUCAUAGAAGCUAACGAACUCUGAGAGCCAUUCGAAUCGAUUCUCCAUUUCCCCCCAGCAUCUGUCGGAGACGGAGACGGAGUCGGACUUGGACUUGGAGACGGAGUCGAAGUCACAUAAGAACGUUUACCCGAAACAUAUGCUAGGCAGUUAGGCGCUCCACUUUCGACAGUGCAGACGGCGAGCGCUCGAGCGGUUCGACGGUUCCAAAGUUUCGAUAAAUUAUUUCGGUGCCACGAACAAACAAACAACACGUUUAAAUCAAACAAAAUACCAGACGGGAGGAAAGGAAUUAAAUAACAAUUAAUCAACCCAUUCGUGCGUGUCCUGCCAGCAUUCAAGUGAAUUACUGAAACGUUUCCUUAACGCAUACAAGUGCUUUCGAUAUAUUGAAUCAAAGCAACGCGCAGAGUAGAAGCAGGAGGAGACGCAGACGCAGAAGCAGAAGCAGAAGCAAAAGCAAAACUUGCUGCAGUGGCAAGAACAGCAAUGCAACUACAGCUACGGUCAAUGACAAAGAAACGAGUCAGCAGCAUGAUGAUGAAGACAACGACCAAGACGACAUGUUGCCUGGUGUUGGUUGCCUUAAUGCUGCUGGUGGACAGCUCGGUGGCAGCACGCAAGCUUCUGCCCAAGCGGCCGGUGAAACCGUUGAAGACAUUUCCGCGCAACAAUGCCACACCAAUACCAGCAGCAGGGGCACUCUCAGCAGCAACAGCAGCAGCAGUGGGAGCCACAGCCACAGCCACAGCUACAGCCACAGCCACAGCGGGAGCUGCAACAUUGAACGGAAGCGAGCUACCAAAACCGUUGACGCUGCAAUCCGACGAACCAGCGGAAGCGAUUGUCGCAUCGCCACCUGGAACCCCAUCGGCAGCGGCAUCAGAAUCAGCAUCAGCAUCGGCAUUGGCAUCGGUAGCGGCAUCACCUGCCAAUGUGGAGACCAAAGCCGAUGAUAUUGCCAACCAGACCCCAACCGCAACACCUUCAGGCGGCUCGGGCCUGAUCGAUGAGGACUGCGAGCCGGAUAUGAUUGGCUUCGAGCUUAUAACAGGGUACGUGCUAUCGGCGCCAUCGAGGCAAUUGGAAACGCUGCCCGGCACCCUCAUGCUGACCGACUGCCUGGAGGCCUGCCAGGCCAAUGAAUCUUGCAGCUCGGUUAAUUAUGAGACGGGCCUGUGUGUCAUGUUCCGCAGCACAGCCGAUCAGUUGCCAGGUUCACUUUCGCGCUCCCAGUAUCCCGUUUUUACCGUAUACGCACAGAAAUCCUGCUUCGGAGUGCGACCCUGCUCGAAGGCCUGGUGCAUUGAUCGCGUACAGGGCUACCGGUUGCCGGAGCGAGCCAAGGCCAGCCAGAGCGUGGCCACGAGGCGCGACUGCAUCGAGCUGUGCCUGGGCGAGACGGAGUUCACCUGUCGAUCGGCCAACUAUUAUGCGCACUCUGGCCUGUGCGAGCUCUCGGACAUGGAUCGCAUUACGCUGUCGGACGAGGCGAACAUCGCGGCCUACGAUGGCGCCGACUAUCUGGAGAACAACUGCGCGGAGGAGCCCAGCAAGCUGUGUGAGUUCAAGCGGAUCUCGGGUCGCAUUCUGAAGACGGUCGACUCGGUGCAUCAGAAUGUGCAGAGCAUCGACGACUGUCGCGACCUCUGCCUCACCGCCCCGUUCCGAUGCCACUCCUACGACUACAACGAGACCGGUGAGCAUGUCUGCCGCCUCUCGCACCACAGUCGCGCCACCCUGACGGAUCUCUCGGAGCCCUAUCUGAGCAUUGAAGAGGCGGCCACUUACGAGCAGUCUGCCUGCUAUAAUGUGUCCAUCGAUUGCCGCUCUGGCGAAAUGAUCACCAAGAUUCGCACCUCCAAGCUCUUCGACGGCAAGGUCUACGCCAAGGGAGCCCCCAAAUCCUGCGCUGUGAACGUAAACAACUCUCUGGAGUUCGAUCUGAAGAUGCGUUACAACGACCUCGAGUGCAACGUCCGCCAGAGUGCCUACGGCCGCUAUAUGAACGACAUUGUCAUCCAGCACCAUGACAUGAUUGUCACCUCCUCCGAUCUGGGACUGGCCGUCUCCUGCCAGUACGAUCUGACCAACAAGACGGUGGUGAACAAUGUGGAUCUGGGCGUAACCGGCGAGAUCGAGUCGACGCUGAGCGAGGAAAUCAUUGUCGAUUCCCCGAAUGUCAUCAUGAAGAUCACCGCACGUGAUGGCAGCGACAUGAAGCGCAUUGCCGAGGUGGGAGACCCGCUCGCCCUCCGCUUCGAGAUUGUGGACGCGAACAGUCCGUACGAGAUAUUUGUGCGGGAACUGGUGGCCAUGGACGGGACGGACAGUGCCGAAAUCACGCUGAUCGAUGCCAACGGCUGUCCCACGGACCAGUACAUAAUGAGUGCCAUGCAGAAGAUGGCCAGCAAUCGCAAGGUGCUGCUCUCACAGUUCGACGCCUUCAAGUUCCCCUCCUCGGAGCUGGUGCAGUUCCGCGCCCUGGUCACGCCCUGCAUACCGCGCUGCGAACCGGUUAUCUGCGACAACGAUGAGAACGGAGAACUCAAGAGUCUUCUAUCAUACGGUCGGCGCAAGCGCUCAGUGCUGAAUGGCACCGAUGGCGUGGAGCUGGCCAUUAAGUCGGAACGCCAAAAACGUGAUGUGAGUCAUCAGCCGGCCGCAACCGAUGAGAACAUUUUGCUGGUGCAAUCGAUACAAAUCACCGAUAAGUUCGCCUUCAAUGGCGCCGAUUCAGGCGGCGGCAGCAACGGCAACGGCAUCGGCGCAGGGCCCACCGAUGGCCUGGCCAAAUUGCAACUGGAACUGGCCACCAAAUCGGACACUUGCAUAAAUGGUUAUGGUUUCAUAAUUGCCGGGGCACUGUUCCUGCUCCUCCAGCUGACGGUCAUCGCUGUCUGGGACAAUAUGCAGAAGCGCGCGUUACACAAGCGGUAAAUGGCGAGGCUGGAGUGAGUGUGCAAUCGAAUCCCAGAAUACCAGAAUCCCAGAGAGAACGAACGCCCGACAUCGGCAAAGAGGCAAGACUGCAAUACAGCAUUUGCCUUUCCGCAACGCAACAAACGUGAAGAUGAAACGAAGGAAGAACUAGCAUGAAAUUCUACUUAGCUCAAAACUUAGCACCGCUCAUAAUCUAGUUAGUAGAUGUACGAGAACGAAGAACGGAGAACGGAGAGCCAGGCGAGAUGAGAGCGAGGCCCUUCCCCCAGCAUCCGAAUGUGGCAGCAACAUUGAGCUGGACUCCUCUGUGAACUGGAAGAUGAAACCUAGACAAAUGGCAACUGGAUCGAGGGAAGGGAGGAAGCCCAAGCUCCCGCUGUAGCUUAAUAUUUAUACUUACUUUACUUAUAUGCCCAUGCCCAUGCCCAUAUAUCAUUUAGGAGUCCCAGUACCCCCGUACUCCCCACCCCCACCUCCCCUCUAUAAGACUUACCGCUAAGACUACUCUGAAUGUGUCGACAUACUAUCAGCUUAAGACUCGUAAAAGCUCCUUAGUCCGUAGUGCGAACGAACCAUUCAAACCUCUCAAGCGAGCACCGUACUGACGACUCCCCCCGCCCCCGCCCCCCCACUACUGGCCAAUUGCUCGUUUAAGAGGUUUGACUGUCUGCUAAUACUUAAAUACUUAACUUAACUUAACUUAAUGCUCAUAUAUAUGCUAGGUCUAAACGAACACACACAAAACACACACACACACACACAAGAAUAUAAGAAAGAGAAACAGAAACAGAAACAGAAAAAAAAUGUAACAAGAGACAAAACUUCAGAUGCUAUAAAAGGUAAAUAAACGUAUUAGAAAGAUA